AUGUUGAUGAAGCUGACAAGCGCUGAAGGCAUUAAACUCCUUGCGGCACGAAACAACUUCUACAUCCCCAAUGCUUUGGGCUUGAGGGAGCUGAUUUGUUUUCUUGAGGUCUGUUGUGGGGAUGCCGGAAAAACUCACAAAUGCAUUGCCAAGAUGCGAUGCCGUUGCUUCACAAAGCAAGUGUUAGAUAGAGUAGAGAAUCAAAGGCUUGCGUUGAAGGAGCACCUGAAGAACAUGACCAAAGGGUGCAGUGAAGCCGAACGCUUCCUCUCCAAGGAACUUAGUGUUGUUGUGGCCCCGCCGGGCCAAGAAUUGAUGAGAUCUUCCAAAGGAGAUUUGGAAGGCAAAGCGGACAGCUUACAUGAUCGAGAUCCUGAUGGCUGGUCAGCGUUCUUGCUGGCGGCUCAACUCAACGACACGGCAGCUGUGGAGUGGAUGCUGAAGGAGGACAAGACCAUCGCAUUGAAACCGAAUCAGACUGGUCAGACAGCGAUGCUAUGGGCAACUUUUUGGAAAUCCAAGGAGAUGCUGCAACUCUUCAACCGCUAUUGCCCCUUGCAACUGACGCGAGCAGACAAGGAGGGACUGGCCAGACUCAAGGAAGUGCAGGAGAGAGCGUACCAGACCGAUGACUUGGUAGCAUUGUCACUGCUUCAGGUGGAUGCCAAUGACUUUGAAGCUGCCAACGGGACUGCUCACUCAGAGCAAGCCAGAACAAGUCUGCGUCGCCGCAUGGUAGAUGGCGUGGCAGCUUCAAUCACCAGGGCCAAGGUGUUUGUUUCCAAAGCCGGCAUCUUAGGCUUGAGCCUUGAGUUUCCCGGCGACCAAGUGAAAGAGUAUCCCACCAAUGCACACGAAGCUUUGCAGAAUCAAGCCGGUGAGUGGAAGUUGUUGCACCUGGAGUCCAAGCACAUCGUGAAGAUCCGCAGCUGGGAUUCCACGGAUUCUUCUGAGCCUUCUGCUCUUUGCGCGCGCCUGGAGAUUACAGCACUGCGCCCUGGUGGUGUGCCGGAAGUCUUCAGCUUCCCCAGCAAGUGCGUCAACAAUCCCAGCUUCGAGUAUCCAGCGGAGGGGACGCUGCAGGAUAGCCAGAUUGUGGAUUUGCAGUUUGAUGGCAAGGGUAGUUGUUUGGAUGUCACUGUUGCCCCAAAUCCCCAGGCCAGUCUCAAGGGUUUGAAUAGCCUCUUUGUAUCACCAAGCGCGACCGGGACUUUACAUGGGAAGGGCAGUUUGGAGCAGUUCCUGCUCGAGACCUUGCUUCCACAUUGGGAAAAGGAAUGGAAGAAACUUUGGCCAAAGCCAGCUAAAAAGGAUUUGCUGGAGUGGAGUGAUGGAAACUCAAUGAAGGGUUUGGUAGAAGCUGCCAAGUUCUUCGUUUUGAAGGCCAUUGCAGAAGGUUCGCCCGCCACGCCCCAAACCAUUUUUGCCCUCCAUGUCCACACGCUGAGCUCGCGCAUCCCACGAGAUUGCCAGCGAGCACUCUCAAGCAAAGAUUCGCCUUUGCGUCACCUGUGGGCCCCCUAUGCUCAACACAUCUCUACCGCUUUGAAGGCCUGCCCCUUGUAUUGGGGCUAUGUGUUCCGUACGGAGACUUUCCUGUGUGACGGUGAGGCUCCAUGCGUCGCGGAGUAUCUUCGCCAGCACCGGAUCAAUGUAGGGUCCGAGAUCUCAUGGCCCGGAUUUGCGAGUGGCACGAGCAGUUCUCAAGUGGCCCGGAAUUUGCUUUUGGGACAUGACAUCGGAGAGAGACCGGACAAAAAUGCCGGUAUUGUCUUUAAGAUCAUUGAAGCACGGGCAGUUUCGGUGGCCCCCUUCUCGAAGUUCCCUGAGGAAGCAGAAGUGAUUUUCGAGCCAGGAUCGAAAUUUGAAGUGAAGGGCUUCUACAAACUCACGGAUUUCAUUUUGGAGGAUGGUGGAUCUGCCCUGGACUGGCAGGAGUGGAAGGUUUCUUUCGAUGUCAUCAAGCAACCUCAACUGAAGCUGGAAGCUGCUGGAAAGGAAAGAGACCUCGUGGUGCUUUUGCAGCAAGUGCCAGCUGAGGUUCCGCCCACGACUGGCUUCGUCGGCGGGAAAUGCAUUCGUCCAACAGAGCUUCGAGGGAUUCGGCUCUCAACGCUGGAGAGGAUCUGGCGGGAAGAGAUUGAGACGCACGCCGACCCUGGGCAUGACAAGACCAAAUGCUGGACCAUGCAUGAGGUGGUUGAGCACAUCAUCAAGAAGAAAACGGCAAAACGCGAAGUGAGCUAUUCGGAGUUGCUGGAAGAGAACAAGGUUGAGUACUUUGUGACGCAUUGGUGGGGCCAGGAGUUCCGACAUUUGGUUCAGGCAUUGAAGCAAUUUGCCAAGGGGCUCGGUGAUGGAACGUCAGACCCAGCCUUUUGGAUAUGUUCCUUCGCCACCAAUCAGCAUGAAGUGGAGAGAGGCAUUUCUUUGGCCUUUGGCCCUUUCAACCUUGCACUCAAGGCUUGCAAGCGAGUGGUCAUGGUUUGUGAUGAUGACUUUGCCACCUUCAGUCGUGCAUGGUGCCUCUAUGAGGCGAUGCGUGCCUUCCAACUUGGUCUUCCCCUUGACCUGACAACCCCUGCAGGAUGUCUUACCAAAUUGCCUGCGCGCCAGCAGUCACUUGGCCUUGAGCUGAGGGAUGUAUUCCAGAAACUUGGGCACAAAGUGCUGCAAAUAGACGUUGCAAACGCCAAAGCCUCCAAGCAGGAAGACAAAGACAGGAUCUUGCAGGAGAUUGAGUUGGUUGUUGGACAUGAGCAGCUGAACCUGUGCUUUCGCUCCUUUUUUGGGAACCUGCUUCAAAAUUUCGCGAAGCGACCAGGACCAGAGGGUUGGGCAGGACACUCUGCGCAGCUGUCCUUUCAACUCGAGAUGGCCCAGUAUGAAGCCCGCAGAGUGUCCUGGCACGGCCGUCAGGAUUUGCACUCCAAGGCGCAGUCCUGUGACACGAUGAAACUCCAACAGCACCUGCGGCAGAUGGGACUAGCAGCAGCUGAGGGAUCUUCGGCCGAGGACGACGGAUGUGCCUUGGAUGUGCGGGAUGAUCGAGGAAGGACGCCGCUGCAUUAUGCAGUUCGUUACAAUCCCAAGGCGGAUGAGGUCGUGGAGCUUUUGCUGAGAUCCCGUGCGGACACGGUGGCCAAGGACGAUCAUUUGGUGCAGCCUUUGCAUUGGGCCGCAGCUGCUGGACACUACGUCGCGGUGGAAAGGCUGAGCUCUGACAAGUCCAUUGUGGCCAAGGAUGACAUGGGCCUCACACCACUUCACUGGGCAGCACUAAAUGGACGGAGCCAGAUUGUGGAAUACCUGAUCCACCAGAGGGCUACUAUUGACGCCCCAGCACAAGGCGCACUUGGACGGACGCCGCUGCUUCUCGCAGCGGCAGCUGGUGAAGAGGAGGUUGUCAUCAAGUUGCUGGACCACCAGGCCAAGCUGACCACUGCAAAGAAUGGAUCUUCCCUUCUACAUGAGGCGGCGAAGCAUGGCGCGGCCAACGUGUUGAAGAGAUCUUUGCAAUCCUUCAGCCCAGAGGACUUGAACCGGGCCACACCCGAGGGCCUUCUACCCGCUCUUCACCUGUUGUGCAUGUAUGGUGCAGGAGCAAGUGAUGAGGGUGGACCGAGCCGGCUUGAAGCGCUGCGCCUGUUGUUGGAGCACCGCGCCGACCUUGAAGCAAGAGACUCACAAGGCCGCACACCCUUGCACCGAGCUGCUAGCGCCGGAGCUUCUGAGCUCCUGGAGCUCUUGUGCGUCCAGUUGCUGGAGGCGAAGUGCUCCUUGGAUCCAGUUGCCACGGACGGAACCACACCGCUCCAGGUGGCCGCGUGCUGCAACCAUCACUUAGUGGUGAGUUGCCUGAUCCAAAGAGGUGCCGAAGUCAACAAGCAGAACAAGGAGGAUAGAAGUAGAACAGCUCUUCACAUGGCGGCCGAGGUGAAAGCAUAUGAAGCAGCAAAGACACUGCUCAAUCACGGGGCCGACCAUGCACUGCAGGACACCCACCAAACUGAUGCACAAACUGUAGCCAAGGAAGCUGGUUACGAUCUUCUUGCUCUACUCCGGCAGAAGUUUCAGGCGCUGGCGCUGCCAAAGCAGAUGGAGUGCCCCACAAACGUGGGCGGACAUGCUGCCACUCACUCGUUCCUGAACAUCUCUGAUGCGCGGCUGGAAGAAAUCUUCGAGAGGUUCAAGGAGGUGUCGGGCGAGAUGAAGGUCCGCCACCUGGACGAUGCCAUGCGCGUCGCGCGGAUGAACCCGCAGGACUUCGAGGUCCAAGAGUUGCUACAAUGCUUCCGAGUCUUCGAUCGCCAGGGCACAGGCGUCCUCUCGCGGCAGAGCAUCCACAAGAUCAUGGGCAUGGGCAACCCCAGCUUCUCCGAGGGUCAGUUGGAGGACAUGCUCCAAAAGGUGCACGGCACCAGCCCGAGCGGGGCUGUGCAGUACUUGGACCUGGCGCUCUUCCUCCUGGGGCCCGAGGAGGAGGUGCAGGAGGAGGUGCAGGAGGUGGAGGAGGUGCCGGAGCAGAAGGACAAAGGGCACUCCGAAGAGAAGAAGGACCUGCCGACGAGCUCGGGCGGCUGGGUGGCCACCUGGCGGACCAGCCUUGACGCUCCCGAUCCCGCCGGGCCGCGUGCUGACGAGUAUGAAGUGACCUUGGAUCAGACGAAUGGAAGCAGGAUGGGAAUCGAUUGGCUGGCCGGCGGCAAGAUGCUCAUCGUCCAAGGUAUCGAUAGCGGUGGCCUGGUUGAGGAGUGGAAUGAGAUGAUGCCUGAGCUAGAGGUGAAGGAGAAUCAUCUCAUCGUGGAGGCAAACGGAGUCCGUGGCAGUGCCCAGAUGAUCGAGGAGUGCAUGAAGGAUCAGGAGUUGCAUCUCAGAGUUCUCAGGGUGGACGAUGACGACCCCUGGAGCAACAAGGACUACGUCUUGGCGCAGGUCGCUCGGAACGUCUCCUUCCUCGAACAAGCCUCCGUGGAGCUCCGAGACGAUCCCGACGUGAUCCUGGCCGCGGUGCUCCGAGAUCCCUUCGACGCCCUGCGCUUCGCCUCGGAGAGGCUGCGGACCGAGGCGGGCUACGUGGAGGAGCUGGUGCGACGAAGCAAGGCCGCUUGGCUCGUGCAGUUGCCUGGCCUGGAACACUUCCGCGCGGAUUUGGACUUUGUCGAGCGAUGUGAAAAGGUGGCGGGGACAGGGCUGGUGUUUACCUACUAUGAGAGUUCUACCUGCUUCCUGAGCAUGCGAAAGGCCUUUAAAGCCACGGGGGCAUCGGUCCCGGGUGGCAUUGCAUACGAUGCUGUGAUGGCGAAGCUGGAGGAGGAAGGUGAAGGAGGCUCUGCUACCGUGUGGUUUGGAGAUGAGCCCGUCUUCGGCGUCAACGCCGACGAUGGGAAGUGGAGACAUCCGCCGGACGACUGCGGUCGUGACCAAAAGGAGGUGCCGGCCGAGGCUGAGCGCACAGGCAUGUGGAACUGCAAGGUGGAGGGUCGCAAAGGUGAUGUGAUGCCCAUCGCUGGGCGCAAGUACAACUGCUGGUGCUGUCACUGGUUACGCAAGGUUCGCGAGGCACACGAGAAAGGUGCAGUGAUUUGCUGCGCUAUCUCGAACAUCUACAACGCAGACUGGGUGCAACGUCAUGGCGCUGGGUCCUCGGAGCUCAGUGAUGAACAGGCGGCCAAGUUCAAGCAAACCAUACCGGAAGUCUUCAAGAACGGAAAGCCUGAUGGAUGGGGCAAGGGCCGGAUCCACGUGAGCAGCGGCCAUGACUACGCACGUGAAGCUCCGAUCCACCCACGCACUGAGUUGCCCUUGGGGGAAGGAUGUCGUUGGGAGCGGUGGGCCUUGGAUGGGCAGAACUUUGCGGUUUUCGCAUUCUUUAUGCCCUGA